AUGGCAUCAAUGUGGACCUGCUACUAUUGCCAAGUCGCCAAUUCCGAAAGGGCACUGACCUGCAAGUUGCGCCGUGGAUGGUGGGAAGAAGUUUGGGAUCAAAAGGGGAAACGUGCCAAGUCGGAGGAGCGCAAGAAACGCGCCAGAUCCAGGAACCGACAAGACAAAGGAAAAGAGGACGCCAACUACGAUCCUCUCAGGCCUUUCGGCAUCAAGGGAGGCAAAGAGGCCAAAGAAGAGGAGGACAACACCAAGGUCAUGGCACAGUUGGAAACCAUCCGAUCAGCACUGGGGGACAAUCCGGCAGAAGAGGUAUUAGCAGCUCUGGAAAGCCUAGAUUCCUCAGUGAGAAAGGAUGCUGGCAAGCCAGCAGUAUCAGAAGAUCAAGCUUUGAGCGCUGCACACCUAUAUCGUUUGCUAAAUGCCAAAAAGCAAAUGGAAAAGGCAAAGCAGAAGCUGAUGGAUCUAGAUACUGCGUGGAAGAGCUUUCAGCAGAUGGUGACGCAAAGAAUCAAAGAGCAGAAGGACUCUUAUCUUGCACAGCGAGUAGAGGCAGUGCAGGACGACAUCGACGAUGCAGAUCUACAAGCAACGUUGCAAGCUGCGACCGAUGGAGAUCCCGAGUUUGUCGAUGUGGAAGCCAUGCAGGACACUGCAGGGCAAGAUGCUUUCACCCUCAAUUUGAAGCCGUUCGGUCGAUUCAAGCCGAAUACCACGUCACCGAAACGCAAAAUCGAGGAAACAGGGAAAGAGGCAGAGAAAGAAGAGGGGCCCCCCAAAAGCAAGGGACCCAAGAAGUAG